CUUAGUUCCUACCGACUCCACUCAAUGCUCUGCAGGAUGAUGUACCUGACAUAUCACGCUCGCCACAGGUUCUCGCCAAGCAGUAGUUGCGACUGAAUUACACCCGUGGUGUGGAGCUAGGCAGAUCUUGCGUUUCUGCAGCGCCGAUUGGAAACUCGUUGAUGGCAAAAAGCGAAUCGGAGCGUGGUGGCGGAACAUGCCUGACUUCGAGUAGUACAAACCGUUUCCCAUAGCUACUAAUCUGCCCAACUGCAUGAAGAACAUCUAUUCUUGAUCGAAGUGGUGGGUUGCUAGACUUCUUUAUUCUCCUGACAUGGCCAUCAAACAAUUCUAUCUGUACGGCAGUGCGCCGAGCACUGCUAUCGACGUUGACAUCACACCUGUGAAUACUAUAGAUGAAUUGAAACGUUCUAUAGCGGCGGUUUACGGAGUCGUGCAAGCAGAGGGCAUUGCUUUUCAGGCCGAGAACGAAGACCUUCCCGACCUUCACGAUGUUGAGAAUGCCUCACAUCCUGUGGGUAUUACGAUAGACGGUCAUGCCGUCCGUGCAGUCCCGGGUCCACGAGGCCUCCCAUACGUGGGCAACUAUUUUGAAGUUUAUCCGGACCAUCUUGGAAACAAUCAGCGGCUGUUCGAGAAAUAUGGCCCAAUAUUCAAGACAACCAACAUGGGCAAAACAGUAUGCCAAACGAAUGACCCAAUCCUUGCCCAAAUCGCCUUUACCGAAAGUGAUUUCUUCUCAAAAGAGAUUGUUGAUGACCACCCCCUCCAUCCCAUAAAGCAGGACGCCGCAGGCGUGUUUCUGUCGGAUACACAUAACCCGUCCUGGAAGAUGGUGCACAAGUUCUUACCGCCCGCGUUGGGUCCAAAAGCCGUGAGACAUUAUGCGCCCAUCAUGAACGAUGAGGUCCGGGUGUCCUUUCCUGUUUUCGAUGAGCUCAGUGCCAGAGACGAAGCCUGGAAUCCCUACCAAUAUAUGCUGAAGCUUAGCUCCGCGGCCGUCGGCAAGAUUGUGCUCGGACAGGAUUUCCACCACUUCGAGAGCGUGGACACUCCCUUCCACCGCCUUCCAUUGGCGAUGGCGGAGUUGCUUUCAAUCAACAAGAAAAUAGCUUCCAUGGGCCAGUGGUACAGCCAACUUCCAUUUGGGGACCCGAAGCGGCUGCGCGAUCUCCAGCAACAGAUUAGCGAUACUAUCGUGUCAUCGAUUCAUGCGGCGACCGCUGCUGGGACGGAAGAUCUGCCUUUGCAAGACGCUGCUUUGAAGUCUGCUGAUGUGAUUGAUUACCUCACCCGCGCGGUUGACGCGGACGGACAGCAUCUUCCUGUCAAGAACAUGGUUGCGGCUCUGACAGUUGCAGCUGGCGCGGGUUUCACAACGACAUCUUCCCUAUUGUCAUGGUUGGUCUAUGGGCUUGUCGCAUACGACGGCAUGCAGGAACGUCUGCUGCAGGAGAUGGUUGAUCAUGAUUUCAACGAUGACACGGAAGUAACUCCUGAAAUGCUCGAGGACCUUCCCAUGCUGGACAAAUACAUUAAGGAGAUGCAACGUCGGCACAAUCCGUCAUAUCAGCCCGGCCGGACCGCACAAAGAGAUGUCAUACUUCCCGGUGGAUACAAGUUAAAUAAGGGUGAUGUGGUCAUUGUUGCUCUACACCACAUCCACAUGAAUCCCAAGAUAUGGAACAAUCCGGACUUGUUCGACCCUGACAGAUGGGAUACCGAGAGGGUGAAGAAUCGCGGAAGAACUGACUACGUCCCGUUCGCCGCCGGGCAGAGGAUGUGCAUCGGCUUCAAUUUUGCGCUGCAGGAAAUCAAGAUCUUCAUGUGCAAGCUCGUCUGGAGAUACCGUUGGCUGAAAGAAGGCGAACCGGAGUCAGACUACGACCCCUUUUUCCAACUCAUUCGACCGAUCAACUUGUACGUGCGAACGCAGAAGCGCGAUGAAUGGCCGAGCAAGAGUAGUAGCAUGAUGUCGUAGUUUUGGAAACAGACCUGCUAUAGAUGUAGACUAGUCGGUUUUGGAAGCUCACGUAUAAUAGAUGUUAUAUAAUGAACGAAGUAUACGCG